UCACUUCCGCAUUGCGUCUGCAGUAAGCGCGUCUUCUUGCAAAGUUGGGCGAUUCUCGGGUCCUGCUCGGCGUUCGGGUUGCGUCUCGGACAUGGAGGUUGGUCCAGGGUGCCGCGCACCUCUGCAGAAAAUGGUGUCAUUCAGUGAUGUGGCCAUUGAUUUCUCUGCAGAGGAGUGGGAAUGCCUGGGCCCUGCUCAGUGGGAUCUGUACAGGGAUGUGAUGUUGGAGAAUUACAGCAACCUGGUGUUUUUGGGUCUUGCCUUCUCUAAGCCAUACCUGGUCACGUUUCUAGAGCAAAGUCAAGAGCCUUCAGAUGUGAAGACACAAGAAGCUGCCACCAUGCACCCAGAUAUAAAACCAUAUAAAUGUAAAGAAUGUGGCAAAGCUUGUGAUUGGAACUCACUUCUUCUUGAAUACACGUGUGAAGAAUGUGGAAAGGCUUCUGGUUCUUCUCCACUGCUUUCUGAACACCACAUAAUUGAUCCAGAAGAGAAAGCCUGCAAGUGUGAAGAGUGUGGCAACAUCGUUUGUACUUGCUCAGCACAUUCUAGCUACCAGAGAAUUUGCAUUGGGGAGAACCCUUACAAGUGUGAAGAGUGUGGGAAAGCCUUUUCUACUCAUUCAUGUCUUACUCAACAUGAGUUACAACACACUGGACAGAAAUCCUGUAACUAUGAAGAAUGUGAGAAGCUGUUUUAUUGUCCAUCUUACCUCACAGAACAUCAAAGAAUUCAUUCUCAAGAGAAUCCCUUGAAGAUUGAAGUAUGUAGCAAGGUCUUUUGUUCACCCAUAGAACUUUCUAAAGACCAGACAUUUUGUACUGAAGAGAAACCCUACAGGUAUGAAGACUGUAUUAAGACCUUUAGUGCUUGUACAGCGCUUUCUGAACAUCCAGGAAUUCAUCCAGGAGAGAAAGCCUACAAGGGUGAAGAGUGUGGCAAUGCCUUCUGUGAACUCCAUUCAGUAUCUAAACACCUGAAAAUUCAUUGUGCAGUGAAAUCCUACAAGUGUGACGAAUGUGGGAAAGCCUUCCCUAGUCAUCUUUCUCUGAUUCAGCAUAAGGUAGGGCAUACUAGAGAGAAGCCUUAUCAAUGUGAAGAAUGUGGCAAAAUGUUUUACUGUUCUUCAAACCUUAAACAGCAUCAAAUAACUCAUUCUCAAGAGAAACCCUACAAGUGUGAAAUAUGUGGCAAGGUCUUUAGAACUUGCUGGCAACUUUCUAAACACCUGAGAAUCCAUUCUGGAGAGAAACCUUACAAGUGUGAAGAGUGUGGCAAAGCCUUUUACACUCUCUCAUACCUUACUCAGCACAAAUUAGGUCAUACCGGGGAGAAACCUUACAAGUGUGAGGAGUGUGGCAAAACCUUUUACUAUCCUUCAGUCCUUAGGGAACACCAAGCCAUUCAUUCUGGAGAGAAACCAUACAGGUGUGAAGAAUGUGGCAAGGAUUUCUGUACUCGUUCAGGACGUUCUAGACACCAGCGAAUUCAUACUGGAGAGAAACCCUACAAGUGUGAGCAAUGUGGAAAGGCCUUUUCUACUCAUUCAUACCUUUCUCAUCACAAGAUAGUUCACACUGGCCAUAAACCCUACAAGUGUGAAGAAUGUGGCAAAAAGUUUUACUACCCUUCUCGCCUUAAGGAACAUCAAAGAAUUCAUUCUCAAGAGAAUCCUUACAAGUGUGAAAUAUGUGGCAAAGCCUUUUAUACUCACUCAUACUUCACUCAGCACAAAUUGGGUCAUACCGGGGAGAAACCUUACAAGUGUGAGCAAUGUGGGAAAACCUUUUACUAUCCUUCAAUCCUUAGGGAACACCAAGCCAUUCAUUCUGGAAAGAAACCAUACAGGUGUGAAGAAUGUGGCAAGGACUUCUGUACUCGUUCAGGACGUUCUAGACACCAAAGAAUUCAUACUGGAGAGAAACCCCACAAGUGUGAAGAGUGUGGGAAAGUCUUUUCUACUCAUUCAUACCUUACUCAGCACAAGGUAGUUCACUCUGGAGAGAAACCCUACAAGUGUGAAGAAUGUGGCAAAAAGUUCUACUACCCUUCUCGCCUUAAGGAACAUCAAAGAAUUCAUUCCCAAGAAAACCCUUACAAGUGUGAAAUAUGUGGCAAUGUCUUUUGUACCCCCAAAGGACUUUCUAAACACCAGAGAUUUCAUACUGGAGAGAAACCCUACAAGUGUGAAGAGUGUGGGAAAAUGUUUUACUACCCUUCUCGCCUUAAGGAACAUCAAAGAAUUCAUUCUCAAGAGAAUCCUUACAAGUGUGAAAUAUGUAGCAAAGCCUUUUAUACUCUCUCAUACCUUACUCAGCACAAAUUAGGUCAUACCGGGGAGAAACCUUACAAGUGUGAGCAAUGUGGGAAAACCUUUUACUAUCCUUCAAUCCUUAGGGAACACCAAGCCAUUCAUUCUGGAAAGAAACCAUACAGGUGUGAAGAAUGUGGCAAGGACUUCUGUACUCGUUCAGGACGUUCUAGACACCAGCGAAUUCAUACUGGAGAGAAACCCUACAAGUGUGAGCAAUGUGGAAAGGCCUUUUCUACUCAUUCAUACCUUUCUCAACACAAGGUAGUUCACUCUGGAGAAAAACCCUACAAGUGUGAAGAAUGUGGCAAAACAUUUUACUACCCUUCUCGCCUUAAGGAACAUCAAAGAAUUCAUUCUCAAGAGAAUGCCUACAAGUGUGAAGUAUGUGGCAAAGCCUUUAGUGCUCACUUAGAACUUGCUACACACCUGAGUAUUCAUUCGGAUAAACCCUGCAGGUGUGAAGGAUGUGGCAAAGCUUUUAACUUAUCCAUCCUCAUCUCAGGUCAUAUUCCUGGAGAGAAAUCUUACCAAUGUCAGAAAUGUGGUAAAAUAUUUUCUAUCCUUAACCUUAAGCAACACCAACUAACUCAUCCUGGAUGGAAAUCACACAAGUGUGAGGACUGUAGGAAGGCCUUUUGUACUCAGUUGGAACUUCUAAGUGUCAAAAGAGUCAUACUGGUGAAAAAGACCACAAAUGUGUAAAACUUUCCACUAAACUGUGUAACCUUGCCCAGCACAAGGUAGUCCAUUCUAUUCAGAAACACUAUUCAUGGGAAAAUGCUGGAUUUUUUUACUCUUUAAUCCUUAAAAAAAAAAUCACAGUUUAUUCUCAAGGGAUACCCUACAAGUAUAAGGGAUAUGUCAAAGCCUUUGCUUAUCAUUCAGACCAUAAGAAACCCAAAUGAAUCCAUAAUAGAAAGAAGCCAAACCCUAGUGAAGAAAGUGGCAAGUACUUUACUAAUAAUUCAACACUUUCUAACCUCCAUAAAAUUUAUAAUGGGGAGAAACACUACAAAUGUGAACGAAUUGACACAGCUUUUAAAGGCACUUCAUUAGUUAACAAAAGUGUUGGAACUGAAGAGCAGCCUCACAACAGCAAAGCAUAUGAUGGUUUCAUUUGUCAUUCAGCCCUUACUGAACAUGAGAGAAUUCACACUUGGGAGAAUCUCUACAAAUGUGCAGAUUAUACCUAGGUGUCUAGCUGUAAUUUGUCAUUGCAUAAGCAUGAAAGAAUUAGUCCUCCAGAAAUGUAAAGAAUGUGACAAGGCCAUUAGGUGGUUUUCAUACUUUAAUUAUCCUCAGAGACUUCAUACUGGAGAGAAGCUACACAUAAAAAUAAUGUCAAACUCUUUAAUCAUAUUUCAAAUCUCAGUCAACACCAAAGAAUUCAGUAAGCUUCACUGUUAAACUUCACACCUCUGCAUUUUCUAAGGGAGUCUCAGCUAUGUGGUUGCCUCGAUCUGACUGGCUUACAAUGUGUCUGUGGAACCUUGGAUGCUGAUUAAUGCCCAGUCCCACCCUGGGCAGGUGGUCCUGUGAAAAUGAAAAUUCUGGCCACACAGAAAUCUGGGGGAACAACAAGUCAGUAAGCAGAAUUCCUUAAUGGUUUCUACUUUAGUUCCGGCGUGAAGGUUUCUCCCUUGACCUCUUGCCCUGGCUGAACUGGCUGGCCAAUCCCUAAAAUGGAGUAAUCCAUUUCCUCUCCUAAGUUGUGUUUUAGUCAUGGCAUUUAUCACAGCAACAGACAUCAGACAGCAAUGGACAUGAAAAUGCUUUUCAGUUUCUUUAUACCUUAGUUAUCAUCAGUCUUCAUACUGGAGAGAAUGUCACAAUAUCUUUGAGUGGAGAAUCAAACCCCUAACCUCAGCUAAGAACAUCUGAAUCCUAUAGCAGAGACUUCCCUUUACUGUAAUCUACAAACCUAUUCUUUUAGACAAUGUGUUUUCAAGGUGCAUCAAUUGAUUAUUCUGUUAACUAUAAAUGGUUCCAGAAAUUGCUGCCAUGUUGUCGAACUGUACUUGGGUAACCUGAAUCUGGAUUCCUGAGCCAUGAUCUAUAUGGCAGAUUCCCCUGGAGUUCCCCAAUUGUAUGUAACCCUUCCCCUUUGGUCUGUAAGAAAACCCAAUAAAUUCAUUUUUCUCAUCAAUUUGGGCUGUGGUAAAAUCCUAGGAUGGUUUGUUGUUGGGUCCUUUUGUGGUGACUAGGCAUUUGUUUUUGUCUAGAGAUAGCUAACAUAACACAUGUCAUUCAUAUAUGGCUACAAAAUAAACAAUGUCUCAUUCCGUUUCAUGUGAUAACUGGUUUUUGUACAACAACACAGUCUCCGUCUUCAUGGAAAUAGAACCAUAUUGAAACAGGGUCAUAAGCCACAUACACUAAUUUAGCAGAUGGGAUGAAUUUGGUUACUGGCUACAUCUUCAAGUAUUAAUCAUGGUAAUUUCAGUUCUUAAUUGAUUUUAUAUCUAUCUAAAAAAGCAUAUAAAAAUUUCAUUUACUUAAAAGAAGCAAGACUGAAUUCAUAGCAACAUGAUUUACAUUUGUUCCUUUAAUCUUACUAUCCUUUUUUUUAUUUAAGCUAUUAUUAGUCUUUAUGGGAAAAAUAGAUAAGCACAAUCUUUGCCAUCUCAUUCUGAUCACAGGUGCCAUUUUCUAUCUUGGAUCAUUUUAAAAGCUGUUUUCUCAUGUUAUAAUUGUCAGAGGAAGCAGUUGUAUUCAGUUUCACAGGAGAAUCUUGACAGACUGACUCCCUAAGUUACAACAGGACUAGAAAAAACUGCACUGAAGACACACCAGGACUCUUUGAAAAGAGGAAAUACUGAGACACAUCUUAGCCACAGAACAAGAACUAGUAGGGGAUAUAGGAGAGUUAAUUUGUUCUUACCCACCAAUUACAAAGUUUUUUAUUGAGGUCUGGAGAAAUGGCUUGCUGGUUAAAAUUAACUUGUCUCCAAUACCGGGAGCUGUGAAUGGAAGUUCCUGUUGUACCUGGUCCUGCAACCACAUUUACUCCCAAAGAAACACAGAUGAUUAUAUUCAUUAUAAGCUAUUUGACCUGUUAGCUCAGGGUUAUUAUUACCUAGUUUUUAGAUCUUAAUUAACCCAUUUCUAUUAAUCUGUAUCUCUCCAUGAGGCUAUGGCUUACUGAUAAGUUUCUGGCAUCUUUCUCCUU